AUGCCUCCUCACAGACUUAAUUCGCGCUCGCAACGCAUCCCACCACGUGAUUUCCGAGUUUCUGAGAACACGAUACUACCACAAGUACCGAUGAAUAUCACAAGACCGCAGACGCCAAUAAUACCAUCGAUUCCGACCCCCACAAUGAUAUCAACUAUGAUUGCGACACGUGGAGUCACAAUCGAAGUUAUUUCACCCAAUAGCGACAUGAGCCGCACCAAUCUGGAGUUCGAGAACAUCGCAAGAGCCGCUUUUGAAAUAGCAUAUAGCGACGAUCCGAGCAUAUCUUCUGGUGAGCUUGACGUUGAAGAAGAUUUGGAAGAAGAAAAUCGGUUCAACACAGCUCUGUACUAUCAUGAUGGGGGCAUGAGAAGCCUGAGUGUGAAAAUACUAUUCGAUUCCACGUAUCGAAUCGAGGCUAUCAAGGAAAUAAUCGAGUCUGUGGAUGUGGAAACACUUGAUUUGGAGGAUAAUUGUAGCAUUUGCAUUGAGCCAUAUGCCACGGCUACCACUCUAAGCGAGCCUGAUGCAGUGGUAACUAUUCCAAAAGAGGAUAUCAUUUUUAUCAUUGCAAACGGUUUCGAGGAUUCGAUCGAUACCUCAAACGAUGAAAAAAAUUCGAUCAUCAUCUCAAAUGAGCCACAUCACGAUAAAGUAAAAAUGAAGGCGUGUGGGCAUGCCUUCGGUAGACGGUGUAUCACAAAAUGGUUGAAGGAGAAUAACACAUGCCCAAUGUGUCGUGGGAAAGUGUCACUACCUGCGCCGUUUCAUAUACGGGUCUGGGUAGUGUAA